AUGACGGAAGGAGAUGAUGCUCCCCUUGUUAUUGACAAGGGUACCAGUAUGGUGAAGGCCGGCUUUGCUGGUGAAGAUGCUCCGAGGGCAGUUUUCCCGAGGACUGAAGCACCCCGGCGCACAGGAAAGAUCGACCAUGGUUUAGUGAGCAACUGGGAAGACAUGGAGGAGCUUGCGUACGUUGCACUUGAUUUCGAGGAGGAAACUGAAGCACCAGUGGAGAAGAGUUAUGAGCUUCCCGAUGGUCAGAUGUGGAUAACAAAGGCAGAUUACGAGGAGUCGGGUGCUAAGAUUGUUCACACAAAGUGCCCCUAA